AUGCCGGGCUGGUGGCUGCUGCUGGCUCUGCUGUGCCACCAGCUGUGUCCCCGCGCGGUGACCGCGGCCAGGAAGGACAGGAGGGGCAGGAAGGAGCACCCAGAGCCCCUGAACGCCUCCCUGGCCAACAGCGAGGAGCAGCCCAAGCUCCCGGAGGCCGCGGACGCGCGGAUCACGGACCCCCGCAGGACCUGGAUCUCCUUCGUGCACCGCCCGGACGACGGGAAAAACUCCAAGAGGAGAUGCAAAGGCAAAGACAAAAAAUUGCGAGGCCUGGUGGGGCCUCCAGGGCCUCCUGGGCCUCAGGGACCUCCAGGAGCUCCUGGGGCUGAAGUCACCAGGGAAGUUCUUCUGCAGGAGUUCAAGGAGAUCUUGAAAGAAGCCAUGGAGCACAGGGCCUCCCUGGCCAUCUCGGCCCACCCCAGCCAGCUGCCCCCGCUGCUGCUGUCCCUGGAGGAGGUCCCGUCCCAGCGGCGCGUGGAGGAGGCGUUCCACUGCAAGCUCAAGGGCCAGGUGCUGGUGGACAAGAAGACCUUGGUGGAACUCCAGAAUUUCCAGUCGCCCGUGGCCAAGGGCGCGUUCCUGCGGGGCUCGGGGCUGAACCUGGCCACCGGCCGCUUCACCGCCCCCGUGGGUGGCAUCUACCAGUUCUCAGCCAACGUCCACAUCGACCACAGCGAGCUGAAGAGCAAAGUGCAGCUGCGAGCGCGGGACAGCGUGCGGGUGCUGAUCUGCAUCGAGUCCCUGUGCCACAGACACACGUCCUUGGAAGUCAUUGCUGGCCUGGAAAGCAACAGCAAAAUCUUCACUGUUUAUGUCCAUGGCUUGCUGCAGCUGCAGGCUGGCCAGUACACCUCCAUCUUCGUGGACAACGGCGCCGGGGCUGCCGUCACCGUCCAGCACGGCUCGGAUUUCAUGGGAAUGCUGCUGGGAGCCUAGCAGCCAGGCUGGCCAUCCCAAAAUUCCCAAAUUCCUGCCUUGUGGACUGAAAAAAAAACCCCCCUCACUUUGACCUUGAAACUGCUCCCUGUACCUGCAGAGUUGUAAAUCACCCCCAGCUCCUCCGGCUUUGCUUCCAGAAGUUGCUGCUGAUUUUUGAGGUCCUCACCAGCUCGUUCUUCGUCAGAAUUCUGCUUUUUAUCCUCUUUUUACCCCAAAAAAACCCUCCCCUUGGGAUAUUUAAUUUUUGCUUCACCAGAUGCUCACGGAGCAGCACGCCGACGUUUGGGGCUCGUUGUGUUGUGAUUUGAUUAUUUCACCC